GAAGCACGGGAAUACUUGGAGUGCCGUAUGGAGAACAAUCUUAUGGCUAAAGAGGAAUGGUCAAAAUUGGGUUUUAGCGAAGUAGAAAGUAAAAAAUUUUAAUCAUGGUUAAGAUACUUAUAGGGUGUACUGGCAGUGUUGCUACAAUCAAAUUACAACCUUUAAUUGAUAACAUACUAAAAGACGUUGUGAAAGCAGAGGUUAGGGUGUGUGUAACGGAACAUUCUAAACAUUUUUUUGAUGUGAAACAUAUUCCGCAUCAAGUAGAUGUAUUCUCUGAUUCUGAUGAAUGGGCAGCGUGGUCUAAGCGAGGCGAUCCCGUCCUACAUAUUGAACUAGCAAAAUGGGCGGAUAUUUUCUUGAUUGCUCCGUUGGACGCAAAUACUUUAGCAAAAAUUUCAACUGGAAUAUGUGACAAUCUCUUAACAUGUACUGCACGGGCUUGGGAUAUAAGCAAACCGUUAAUAUUUUGCCCCGCCAUGAAUACUAGAAUGUAUGAACAUCCUUUAACUUCUAAUCAGAUAGCAACACUAAAGUCGUGGGGUUACCUUGAAAUUCCGGCUAUAGAGAAGCUCCUUAUAUGUGGUGACACAGGUCCAGGCGCUAUGGCUGAGGUCUCCACUAUUGUUAAGUUUUUAAUUGAUACAGUGAGUAAUAAAAUUAAUUAAACUGUUA